AUGACCAUCGGACGAUCACAUCAGAUGGACCUAAACAGAUUCCUACUCCUGGAGUUAGGCCAGAUAACGCAAGCGAAGAGUACCGAGCGACAGAACACCCAAGUAAACGCUAGCAAUAUAUCGGUAUCCUCUUGUGUUCUUCCACAUCACACGGUUAUCAAACAUAGGAUCGUGUUUGACGCAUCCGCCAAGACUUCCAAUGGUCGGUCGCUUAACGACAUUCUAUAUCCGAGGGCGAAAAAUGUCCUGAAGCACGAGGUGUACGUCGAUGAUAUGCUUACCAGGGACUAUACAGUUGAGGCAGCAAAGCUGGUACGAUGGGUAUUGGAAAAUAAUACAUGGACCAAUGAGCCCAUCGCAGUAUUUUACUGGACGGAUGCGACGAUCGUCUUACAUUGGAUAAAUGGGGACCCAAACCGUUGGAAAACAUUCGUGGCGAACAGGGUGGCAUAUAUCCAUGCACACUCAAACCCACACCAAUGGAGACACGUGAGCACCAACGAUAAUCCUGCCGAUCUUGCCACACGCGGGAGAAGUCCUAAGGAGCUUUCUACAUCGUCCCUGUGGUGGAAGGGCGACAAUGAUUGGCCUACCAAUUCCAUCCCACCAAUCGAAACAAGUAUUCUAGAAGCCAAACCAGACAAGAUCAACAUCCACAUGCUCGUCAAGGAAGACAGCAUUCUCAACCGCGAUUCAACCUUUAGCCGUCUUAUCUGCAUAACCGCCUAA